AUACAUUAUUUAUUUGUGGCUAAGAUGAAAAAAGUGUAAUGAUUUUGUGCCCAAAAAUUUUAUACUAGUGGAACCGGGUUAACGUUGGAGGUUUUUUGAACUUCUGUUAACAUUCCUAUUAUAUCUCCGGACUGCAUUCAAGUUGUACUUGUUUAAGAUUGUAUUUAUAGAAUUUUGGUUUAUAUGAUGGUAUUACAAGGUUAUAGAUGAUUAUUUGAAUACUACUAAUUUAUAUUGUUUAAGCGUUUGGUAUUGAUUCUUAUCUUUUAAAAAUGAUAACAUCUAUGUCAAAUUUUUCUAACAGACUGGCUGUCAAUGACGGUCUCUCAAAUGUCCAUGACAGGACUGAUACGGUGAUCCUGAGUGAUCAAUAUUCCGAACAGUUUGAAGCAGUGAAAAAUAUUGUACGCGGUUUGAUGACAUUCACUGAAGAAAAAAUUGAUGAAGUCAUAUAUCAUUAUUAUAAUACGCUAGGUUUAAAUGAAUAUUAUUUUCAGACUUCGACUCCGGAGUUGAUAGCUCACAAUAUGAUCUCAGUAAUGUCUGCAAAAAUUUUGCACGAAAAUUCGGGAUCAAAAUUUUUUCCACUAAUAGAACAGGUGACAGAUAAUAAUGUGUUUAUUAUUACAAGGACAUCUGUCUUAAAUCGGAAAUCUUCUGAAAAUUAUUCCGUAGAGCGGAAUAUUGAAAGUAAAUAUUUCAAUCUUGCAGAUACUACGAAGCCCUUUUGGAGAAUGCAGUGUUUUAGAUCUACUAGCUCAAUAUUUAGUGAGUCUGAUAACACAUUUGAUAGAUUGAAGACUUAUUUUUUGCAAAAGCCUGUUUUUGCAUGUACCAACCCGGAUCCUUCUGAGUUAGAUUUGAGCAAGUUAUUGGAUAAAGAUUUUUAUAUUAACAAAAGGAAUACUAUAACUGAACAAAUUUAUCAUAAUUUGAAUAAAAAAUUGGUGGAAUCCAAAACUGGCCUUGGAUUAGAAUUUCAUCUUGAGCCUAGGCAAAAUGACGUUUAUCGCUUAGAUAUAGCUUUCAGGAGAGGAUAUUUUCAUGAUGACCUUUAUUCGAGAAUAGGUGAUACCAUAACACUUUAUGAUCUUUAUUCUAAGUCCAAAUAUAUUGAUCCUUUAUCUAAUAAUGUAUGCAUCAUGACGGCAUUUUUGACAUCUUUACCUGAAGCGCAAUGUACACUUGAAUCCCCAUUGGAACAAAGAAUAUCAAAUUUGGUAGAAGAUAUAAAAUUGACAACUAUAAUUCCUGAAUCAAAGAUAACGCAUCUAACGCUGGAUAGAACUUUGACCAUUCAUGAAGCUGCGUAUGCUUACUGUGUUUCGAUAUUCAUUCAGCAUUUUAGCGGUAGUGUCGGUCCAUUUGUUGUUACUGUUGAUAACUUGGCGAAAAAUCAACAUGUAUCACCAUCGGAAUUACAUGAAAUUAAAUCGAAACUGAAAAUUCAGCCUUAUACCAGUUUUAGAAUUUAUUCUGCAAUAUCUCAAAAUAUAGAUAUAAUAAAGGCCUUAUAUGAGGAAUUUAAGAUGUUACACCAUCCACAAGAUAAUAAAGGUGGUUUAACAUUUUCUGAGAAUUCACCACUUUCUAAACAGAUCAAACAGCUGGAUAAUCAGGAGCAUGUAGAUAUUUUGUCAUAUUUUCUAAAAUUCAAUAAAUAUACUUUGAGGACAAAUUUUUUCAAACCAGAUAAAAUUAGCCUAUCGUUUCGUUUCGAUUCAACAUUUUUGAAAAAAUCAGAUUACCCAAAGAUUCCUUAUGCUAUAGUUCUGAUAAUAGGACCACAUUUUAUGGGAUUUCAUAUUCGUUUCAGUGAGAUAUCUAGAGGUGGGAUUCGUGUUGUACAGUCGUUUUCACAAGAGGCUUAUACUCGCAAUAAAUUGCAAAUUUUUGACGAGGCAUACAAUUUGUCAUUUACACAAAGUCUUAAAAAUAAAGAUAUUCCAGAAGGUGGAUCAAAGGGAGUUAUAUUAUUGGAUAAGACCAACACUAAAGAACUCGCAGAUAAUUAUACUCGUGUGAGCUUUAUGUGUUAUAUCGACGGUAUAUUAGAUUUAAUGUUACCGGAUGAACAUAUGGUCGACCGUUUGAACAAAAAUGAAAUUUAUUUCGUUGGUCCGGAUGAACAUACUGGCACAGGUGGACUUAUGGAUUGGGCGGCAGAGUAUGCAAAGCUAAGGGGCUGUGAUUACUGGAGGGCUUUUACUACAGGAAAGGGUCCUGAUAUGGGUGGUAUACCACAUGAUGUUUAUGGAAUGACAACAGCUAGUAUAGAAUCUUUUGUCCUGGAGUUAUUCAAAAAAUAUGGUCUAGACGAAUCCAAUGUGACACGAUUUUUAACUGGUGGUCCGGAUGGUGAUUUAGGAAGCAAUGCAUUGUUAGCUAGUAACACAAAAACACUAUCCGUUGUUGAUAAAAGUGGUGUUUUGCAUGAUCCUGAAGGGCUAAACAUAGCUGAGUUGCGUCGUUUAGCUUCUUUGAGGAAGGAAGGAAAACCAACUUGCUCUAUGAUGUAUAAUCCACAGCUACUUUCUAAAAGAGGAUUCAUGGUUCCUGAAGAAGCGAUAGACAUAACUUUACCUGAUGGAACUCUCGUUAAAAAUGGGUAUAAAUUCAGAGAUAGCUUCCAUUUAACUCCAUACGCUGCCGCACAUUUGUUCAAUCCAUGCGGUGGUAGACCUUCAUCGAUUACUCCAUUUAAUGUGAAUGAGAUAUUCAACGAAAAUAACAAAUGUUUUUUCAAGUUCGUUGUAGAGGGAUCUAAUGUUUAUAUUACUCAAAAUGCGAGGAGAAUUUUAGAAAGCAAAGGGGUUGUUGUCUUUAAGGAUGCAUCUACCAACAAGGGAGGUGUAACAAGCAGUAGUUAUGAAGUCCUGCUUGCGUUGGUUUUGGAUGACAAAACGUUUAAAGAUGUGGCUGUAGAGAUUGAUGGCUACUGUCCUGAUUUUAGAAAAGAAUAUAUAGAAGAAAUUAUCGAUAUCAUAAAACGUAAUGCAAGAAAUGAGUUUCAUGCGUUGUGGAAUGAGGGCAUUAGGACUGGGAAACCAAGGUGUGAUUUAACAGAUAUUUUGUCCAGCAAAAUAAAUAACCUUAAGCAAAGUAUUAUGGAAUCAGAUACGCUAUGGAACGAUUCGUCUUUCGUAGAUUAUAUAUUGAAAAGAUCAAUACCAAAGUCCCUACUUAGACUGAUAAGUAUCGAGGAAAUCAAAAAAAGACUUCCAGAACGCUAUUUGCGCGCGUUCUUUGCAACAAACAUAGCUUCAAUAUUCUACUAUAGCCAACAAUUUUCAGAAGAAACAUCCGUUUUUGGGUUUUACGAUUAUAUUAGUAGAAUGAAAGGAUCCAUUAACGAUAGCUGA